GCGGCAGCGCAGGCCCCGUCCAGGGCACACCCACCGGCCCGGCCUCCCGCCACCUGGGGGUGCCGACGCCCUGGGGCGCAGACUUCCCCCGAGCCGUCGCUGGCUUAGCCUGGAAGGAGGAAUCUGGUGCCCUGAAAGGCUGAGCCGGGCAGGCUGGCGUUGGGGGCUGUUUGUUAAGCGGCACUCAGCUUGAGGAGGCCAUGCGGGUGCUCGCCACCCCCAUGCACACGCCAUCUGUGUAACGUCAGGGUCUGUUCUAUUUCACCAUGUAACACACAAUACAUGCAUUCAUUGUAGAAGUGUGAGAAAACACGGCAGCUUAAAUAAAUAAACAGCACGGGUGACCCGCAUUCCCGCUCGGACACUCGCGCGCAGCCCCGCGGCCGUCCCUCCUCGCUGCGGGGCCUCGGUGUCCUCCGGCAGCGAGCUGCACGUGGACGCAGGGCCCCAUCAGGCCGCCAGGGGGCGGCAGAGUGCAGCGCGACCCCAACCCGGAGGACGGAAGCCCAGGAAGGCCGCUUCCGCCUGGUGCCCACUUCCAAGAUGGCGGCGGGGCGGGGCCAGGGCGGGGCUGACGGAGCUGGCGAGCGGGAUGCUGCGGGCGGUGCUGGGCGGCGCGCCGAGGCUGCUGAGCCGCGUGCAGCCCCGAGGGCCCUGCGUGAGGCGGCUGUGGGGCCGCGGGGCCCGUCCAGAGGUCGCGGGGAGGCGGCGCGCCUGGGCCUGGGGCUGGCGGCGCUCAAGCUCCGAGCCGGGGCCGGGGCCCGCGGCGGCUCUGGGGCGCGUGGAGGCUGCGCACUACCAGCUCGUCUACACCUGCAAGGUCUGCGGGACUAGGUCCUCCAAGCGCAUCUCCAAGCUGGCCUAUCACCAAGGCGUGGUCAUUGUGACCUGCCCCGGCUGCCAGAACCACCACAUCAUCGCGGACAACCUGGGUUGGUUCUCGGACCUGAAUGGGAAGAGAAAUAUCGAAGAGAUCCUGGCGGCCAGAGGCGAGCAGGUGCACCGUGUGGUGGGCGAGGGGGCCCUGGAGUUUGUUCUAGAGGCUGCAGGGACCCCCACAUCUACUGCUGCUCCAGAAGCAGGGGCUGGCAGCGUGAGGAGGUAGCGGUGCAGGAGUCAGUGGUGACAGCAGGCAGCCACUUCACCCCUCUGUGCCCCGGCUCCCCUGUGGUUAAAUGCAGUGGGAACUCCAUCUUUCUGAGGUCUCAGAGGGCCCAGACCGUGGGUAUCUGUGGACACUCUGCACGCACGGUGCAGCCUCUUACCUGGGUCACCCCCGGGACUAAGGUCAUACGGACCACACUCACUUGGCCGACUUUAUUUUUCAGGAAAAAACAGAAAAACAAAUGUACCUCUUGGGUUGGAAAGGACCCACUGACAACAUGGCACACACAUGUGAGCAAUAAAUACGCACAUACAUUCAAGUA